GCCGACGUAAAACUCAUACGACACCCAUUCGGUGAUAAGACUCUCUCUCCAUGUUAAUCUCGUUAAACAUGACGGCACUAGCGGCGAAUCGAAUGGGAGACAGGCCAGGGAAACCCUCUCAAUGCUCCCCCCACACACACUCCAGCUGUGUACGGAGAACCGAAAAAUUCAGCAAAGACGAAUUUAUAAAUUGAAUUCGAAUGAUGGAUGAAGAAAUUUCCAGGAUGUGGUUACGGGUUACUGGCGUAAAUUUUUGUCUGUACGUAAAACACGUGAGGCUAUUAGACAGCCAGGGUCUUGGUGAUCUAUUCUAAUCUUGUUAGUUUCUCUACGUACGUAGUCGUACGAGUACCGAAAAUAGACUCGAUAUCUUUCUUUUUGAAAGGUUAGUGUCGCAGUCAUUUUCUUCGAACUUACGUCAACUGAAAGUAUUUGACGUUGAAACUCGUUUUUCUACAUACGUUUCCAUAUCGGAUCCGUGUAGGAAACCGAACUGAUGCGGUUUUCCUGUUUCCCUUUUUCCAUCUUUUAAUCGGUUGAGUAUAUAAUAUGGGGGCAGACAAAUCUGCCCAGUUGAGAUCGAGUCUGACUACUACUGCAUGUCGGUGAUGAAUUUUUGGCUGGCGGCAUUACUUAUUUUCGUGUCCAGGUUAGAUGUUGUACAACCACGCCGGCGCCAUAGCAACGAUGUCGUGUUCCACGUCCUGGAGGGUCAACGUUUGUCCGCUAGAGAACUGGCCGACGAACACGGGCUGGAAUACAUUUCGGAGGUGUUUCCAGGGUCCAGCAGGUACCACCACGCCGUCAUGAAAGAGAGAACGCUGGAUCUGAUAUCCAUGGAGAAACUAUCGACUGACCCGAGGAUCGUUUGGGCUGAAAAGCAGAUUUAUCAACGCAGGGAUUUGCGGUUUAUUUCGUCUGCUCAAGGCCGCCUACUAGUCGACGAAGAAGACCUUUCCAAUUUGACGGAUGACAAUGAAAUCGAAUCGGAUGGAUCGGAAAUGUUUAACGAUCCUCAGUACCCACUCCAGUGGUACUUGCAUGGGAAGAACGCCGGAGACACUCACCAUUUGAACGUGACACCUGUUUGGCGAAAAGGGCUAACCGGCCGGGGUGUAGCCAUCGCCGUCCUUGAUGACAACGUCAAUCCGUCCAAUCCGGAAAUUAGACGUAAUUAUGAUCCUAAUAUUAGCGUUGAUUUGGGAGCCAAAAGCGGGCCGGGCAUUAAGAAAAAUCCGAUUCACGGAACGUAUUGCGCUUCCAUCAUCGCGGCCGAAGCCAACAACAAUUUCUGCGGCGUCGGAGUCGCUUUCAACGCUCGCGUCGGUGGCGUCCGUCUGUUGGCAAAGAAACGCGUCCUCGACGUCCAGGAAGCCAGAGCUCUCAAUUACAAGCUGCACGAAGUGGACAUUUACAGCGCAUCUUGGGGGCCCCCGGACGAUGGUAAACACAUUGGAGGGCCGGGAAAGUUGUCCUACCACGCCCUGGAACGCGGUGUUGAAUUGGGUCGUCGGGGACGCGGUGCUAUUUACAUUUGGGCGUCUGGGAAUGGCGGAAUCAAGGGAGACAACUGCGCUUACGACAGUUACGCCUCCAGCGUCUACACGCUAUCCGUUUCGGCUUUGACACCUCAAGGUUUGUCGCCCUAUUACGCGGAACCUUGCCCGGCUGUUUUGACGAGCCUCUACGUCGGCGGCCAACACCUUAGACCCAAAUCGCCGUUCGAUGCCGAAAAGACGGACAAUGUGGUUGUCCCUGAGGGAAGCAAUGGAUGCCAAAACCAGUUCCAGGGAACGUCGGCCGCUGCUCCACUUGCCGCCGGCAUUAUCGCUUUACUCCUUGAAGCCAAUCCGCUUCUUACUUGGAGGGAUGUCCAGCACCUGGUCGUCCUCAGCUCAUCACCACCGAAACAAGACUAUGGAAACAAGGAACAAUCGUUGACUCAUUGGCCGGCCAACGGUGCCGGACUCCGUUCCAAUGUUCUUUAUGGUUUUGGAGCUUUGAACGCUGGUCGGCUGAUUGACUUGGGACUUGGCUGGAAAUCGGUUCCAGCCCAAAUUCGCACUUCAACUCAAUGUCCUGCAGGACCGAUAAUUCUACCACCCAAUCGACCAGUCCAUCUAACGCUGGACGUCACGAGCAACGUUUCCAUCUCUUCUUUAGAAUACGUUACGAUGCAUAUCGACGUCGAUGUCAAGCCCCGAGGAGCUUUGACCAUCUCCUUGCAAUCACCAUCAGGAAUGGUGUCACAGCUUCUGGCUCCAAGACCACACGAUCUAAGUAACCUGGGAUUACGUAACUGGAACUUGACUUCGGCUCAAUUUUGGGGAGAAAAUCCUACCGGCCAGUGGCGCCUCUAUUUAACUAAUUUGAGUCCCAACAGUCCAGGAAUGCUUCACUUGUGUUCUCUGGUUCUGUUGGGCUUUUGAACUCCAAUUAUUUAUACGUCAAUGCGCACAUCUUUUAAUAAAAAGAAUUAUUAUGACGUCAAUCCAAAAAACAAAAUCUAAUAAUUUUUCUGUAUUACAUAAUCUGCAGGUCAUUAGCGUUAUACUGCAGGGGUGGAGGGUGCGCUUGGUGUGAAGACUUUCAAGUUAUAUCCAUGUACCAGAAGAAAAAAAAGAGAAUCAAACAACGACAGUGCCAGGCAACGUGUUCGGAAAGGCCUAGCGGACAUUUAACGACAAAUUUUUAAAUUUCAAGGAAGAGGAAUUCAGCUCCUUGGUGGACUCCGUUGUUGGCUAAGGGCGUGUCCCCACGGUACACGAAUUGGCUGUAAGGCAGUUGCUUGAGGGAACGAAAUCCACAUUUUUUCAGGGUCUUGAUUGCGUAAUGAUUGACGGCUUGGCUGACAACAGUUUUGAUGCCCAGGCUGGCGGCCAGUUGGAUCGAAAGUCGAACGAGUUUGGAAGCCAAUCCCCGUUGGCCGUAGUGAGGGUCCACUGCGAGCAUGAAGAUGUUGAACAUUUUAUUGUUGGCAGGUGCCCAGUCGUCUGGAACGGCCGACAACUCUUCCAGGAACUUUAAAUUCAUGUACAUUUUUGGGUGUCGGUCCGGAUGGACAAAGUCAGCGAGAUCUGGCGAUGGCGGAUGCUCCUGGCCGUCAUCAUUUUCGAUUGCAUUGAUGGCGACGGCCACGAUCCGGCCGGACGUACGGUGUCGGAGUUGAAUCGAAGUGGACGGCGCCGCCAAAACCAAAUGGAUGAAAUCGAAUACCCAGGGCCUGACUUCCAAGUCGACAUCCAUGUCGACCACUUUGCCGAUGGGCACUUCCGGAAAGAAAUGGGCCAGGAGGAAUUCUGUAACUUUGACCUUCUCUUCUUGUCUUACGGUUGCCAAUUCCAAUUCUUCGUGUAAAUUUGGUUCAUCCCAGUCUUCCCACUAUGGAUUCCUUCUCGAAUGUUAUGGAUGAUGAGAUCAAGGCAGCGGGCCAUUCAGUCCUAGGAUCGGUGGUGACGUCGGCGACGUCUUGGAGGCGACUGGACGUCGUUUCUACGGAUUCCAUAAUCGAUUACCUACGCUUUGACCUUAUGCGGGCGACGGGAAAACUAACGGAACUGAU